CUAAUUAGUAGAGAAAUCUAUUGCAGCGUUUAGUGAAGCUUGGGAAGAUGACAAGGAUGUGCGAUCUUCCACCAGAAUUAGUAGGUAUGAUAUUCACCAAGAUUCCGAUAACAUCAAUAAGAACCGUGCGUUCCACUUGCAAAUUGUGGAAAGCUUUAACCAAAGAUUGGGUUUUGGGUAAAGGAGCAGCUAGGGAGCAGUUUUUGGGGUUCAUGACGAUGGAUUCAAAAGUUUGUUCACUGAGAUUCCAUCUUUGCCGCAAUGAAGAUGAAGAAUUGGUUGAUCUAUCUAUAAAGCAGAUAGAUUUACUCAACCAAGUCGAUAUAUCUAAAGUCUUUCACUGCGACGGCUUAUUGUUAUGCGUCGGCAAAGAUAACUCAAGGCUCAUUGUGUGGAACCCUUAUUUGGGUCAAACAAAGUGGAUCGUACCCAAAAAAAUUCACGAACACGACACGUAUGCUCUAGGAUACGAUAUCAACCGUAACCACAAAAUCUUGAGGUUUUUGGAUAAUAACUCCUUUCAAAAGAAGGAAUGUUUCGGGUACGAAAUCUACGACUUUAACUCUAAUUCAUGGAGGAUUCUCGACGUCACUUCUCGCUGGCGAAUAAAGUUUCAUCAACGUAGCGUGUCUUUAAAGGGAAAUUCUUACUUUUUUGCUGACGAGAAACUUGGACAUUGCUUUUCUCCUGGAUUAACAAUAGAACCUAACUUGUCUAGCAAAGUAGAAAGAGUUCCUGGAGGUGUACAAACCAUAUAUCUUGAAGAUUUCUUACUCUGUUUUGAUUUCACAAGAGAAAAAUUUGGACCGCGCCUGCCUCUUCCGUUUCACUCUAAGUUCAAUGAGACUGUGACCCUCUCACGUGUUAAAGAAGAGCAGCUCGCGGUACUAUAUCAGCAAAAAAAUAAAUCUUCUGACAUAUUACAUAUUUGGGUUACGACUAGUAUUGAGCCCAACACUCUUUCUUGGAGCAAGUUUUUGAGGGUGGAGAUGAGACCAUUUAAACUCACUGGUGUUAGGUUUAAUCAUGAAGCUGGUAGCUUCUUCAUUGACGAGGAAGAGAAGGUCGUCGUGGUUUUCGAUGUUGACGGAUAUAUAUAUAUAUAUAUACGAACCAAGGCCACUCGGUACAACACGGCUUUUAUCAUUGGAGAAGAUGGAUACUCUAAAUCUGUGAGUCUCGGAGAAGCUCCCUAUAUCGAGGAUACUUGCCCCAUGUCCACAUAUCCUUCGCAAAUGUAUUGUCCUCCACUUGUGUGCUCUUCUUCUUAUUUUCCGAGUUUAGUGCAACUCAACCAAUCUCGCAAAAGGAAAGAAAGAGAUGAUUAGAUUUGAUUCUUGCAUUUUUCUGCAAAAAACCUCCGAUAUUUCUCUAGAUGAUUUCAGUUUUUUUUUUUCAUGUUUCUAUUACCCUUUCGAAAUAUUGCAAAAUAAACAGUUGAGAAUUACAUAGAUUCUUACUGCGACUUAUCUCUCAAGUUUUUG